GUGUUGAUGCUCUGUUUGCCAUCUUCAUCUCUGCUUCAUUACACUCACUGUUAACAUUGCACUUAAAUAAUAUUUACCAUUCCCAAGUUGUCAAUCACUCAAACUGAUUCAAAAUAACUCAAAAUGGCUCUUUAAUGGCAUUUAUCUUAUCUUCUUAUCCUCUGCUCAUUUCUGAAAUUUGUUUCCUCUAAUCAACGAUACACUGCUGCUGAAUCUUGUUCUUUCAACUAUUCUCUUCUUAAUGGAGACCUUCACAAGACACCCAGGUGUUUGUGAACAAUUUUUCAUUGCACGUAAAAAGGCAAAUCUAUACACAAAUUUUUUCAUUUCUGCUAAGUUAAACCAAGACCUAAACAUUUCGAUUCUAUUUCAUUCUUUGAGAAAAGUAUUGCUAAACAACUCCUUUCUAGUUCUCUAUUAUUCAUCUCUUGAUAAUCAAUUGAAACCAUGCAAUAAAGUAUAUUUCAAUGACGUUGUCUCUUUUCAAAUUUAUAACCAACCCCAAAGUUCUUAUCCCAUUUCUUCAAGCAUCGACGAGAAUUUAUUAUCUUCCUUGGACAACUACAAAUUCCAGCUAGACAACUCAUCAAAACCCCUAUGGAAAAUCAUCAUCUUAAACAAUAAUGAAAUAGUCAUCUUAUGUGAACAUCUAAUUGAUGGUUUUUCUUGCGUAUUAUUUCAUAAUUUAUUGAUCAAUGAAUUCAAUAAUUAUAAUUACAAUGAAACUAAUACUUCUGAAAUUAAUAAUAAUACAAAUGAUCUAUUAUUAUUUGAUUCUUUUAAUGAUCUUAAAUCUCUAAAACCACUCCCACCAACUAUUGAUGGCUUUCUAAAUCUUGAUCCAAUUUCUCUUCCAAAUGCUCAAAAUAAUUUCUUGUCCUCACCCUUACCAUUGUUUUCAAAAUCAAAUCAAAUAUACAGCAGUUAUUUUUGUCAUCACAACUACAAUUCAAUUUUCAAAAUUGUUAAAUUUAAAAAAUCGGAAACUGAAAAACUCCUAAAACUAAAAAAACACUUCUCUUCUAAUAAAAAUACCAACUUGAGAUUAAUCUCAAUUAUUCAAAUUUUCUUUUUAAAAUCCUUACCAACUAAUUACAUCAAGUCUGUUUACCCAAAACAAAUUGAAUUUCUAAUUGCAGUUGAUUUAAGAAGAUUUGUUGAUAACGAAACCAUGGAAAAUCAAAACCUAAUUGGCUCUUUCCCUUCAGUGCACAAAUUCAUCAUUCAAACUGAUCAAUUCUUAAAUUCAACCCAUGAAUUUUUAAUUUUGAAAAUUAAUCAGGAAAUCAAUUCAAUUUUAACCAGGCCCUUACUCCUUUUUUCAAACUAUCAAAAAAACUAUAUCAAUUCAAAUGGGAAUAUUCAAAUUUAUAAAAACUUACUACUAAGUCAAAUCAAUCUGAAAAAAAGAGAAGUAAACAGAUUAUCAAAUUUAGGUUACAAUACCCAAAGCCACGAAGGUAAUUGGAAAAUUAUAGAAUUUAUGUUCAAUCAAAACAUAUCAGAUAUUGGCUCCUCCAUGGUAUUAAAUCAAAUAUCUACUGAAAAUGGAAUGAAUUUCGUUUUAGGAUUUGUUAAAGGCAUUUUCGUCGAAUAUGACAAAAACACCACACAAAAUGAAGACGAUAUAAUUAAUACCAUUGCAAGUAAAUUUAAAAAGAGUCUAUUAAAAUUUUAGUUGAUAUUAAAACUCACUCUAUUUCUGCUAUUUCGUUGUUUUGAGUAAGAUAUGGUAAAUUCAAGUUCGUUUGGUCCAUUUCGCAUUUCGCAUUCCGAACAAUCUUUUGAUCUCACCUGACCGGCAUUUUAUAUCUGGUCACAUGGGCUUUUUCAUUAUACCCGUUUUAAAAGGGAGUUUUACGUUCUGAAGUCAUCACUUUCAUUCUUUGCUGCAUCAACAUGCAUUAGGGCUCCUCCACUUCGAUAUGACAG